AGGAGCCGCGUGAAAGGUUCUUCUCUCGUUAUGCAUAAGAUACUCGAGAAAUACUUUCCUUUUACGUACAAGUAUUUUUACCACAUUUUGAUCGCAGUCGUUGCGAUCGUUUUGAUUGACAAAUUCUAUCGGUGGCUAUCCGGGAGAACCGCUCGCAGUGAAACGCAGACGUUUUCAGUGUCAGAUAAAUCCACGGAUCCAAGUGAAAAAGCGGAAGAGGAAUUACCUGAGGAAGACCAAGAAGAGCCAGCUUUACCAAAAGAUCUCAGACACAUUCCAUACCAUUAUGUCAGGUUACCCGAACGGGACAUGCUAAUACGUGCAUCGGAAUUUUACAAAAUAGUCAGUGCUAGACGAACCUUACGAUUUUUCAGCGAAGAGCCCGUUCCAAAAGAUAUUAUUCGAGAAAUCAUACGAGCCGCAGGUACUGCUCCCAGCGGUGCGCACACAGAGCCAUGGACUUUUGUCGUGGUGUCAAAUCAGGACGUCAAGAUGAAAAUUCGAAAUAUUGUGGAGCAAGAGGAGGAAGUUAAUUACAAAAAGAGAAUGGGUUUAAAAUGGACAACUGAUUUGUCUCCGUUAAGAACUAACUGGAUCAAAGAAUAUCUAACGACGGUUCCGUAUUUGAUACUUGUUUUCAAGCAAACUUAUAGUAUUUUGCCAAACGGAAAGAAGAAGAUCCAUUAUUAUCACGAAAUCAGCGUUUCUAUCGCGUGUGGAAUUCUCAUUACCGCUAUACAGUACGCAGGUUUGAUGACUCUUACAUCUACACCGUUAAAUUGUGGGCCGGCUAUACGCAGUCUUCUUAAUCGUCCUUCCAACGAAAAACUCGUGUUGCUGCUGCCAGUAGGUUAUCCAGCAAAAGAUGCCACGAUUCCUGACUUACACAGAAAGUCUUUGUCUGAAAUUUUAGUCGAAAUCGACUAAAAUUAAAACUUAUACACAGUACGCGGUAAAAAAAUUUCUCACUGCCCUAUAUAUAUUAUUUUAUA